GGCUUGACUUUUCCCGUCGUCCGACGAUCGGCAGUCUUCUAAGCCAGCACGCCUACCGACUCGGCCAGCGGCACUACUCCUCGUCGUUCUACCACGGUCCCUUCAAUACCGCCAAACUGUCUUCCCCACUCCUCCUCCCCCGCACCGUCUCCUACGACGUCGGCACGAACCCUCCCAGAGGCGGCAGUGUCUAUUCCAACAUGAGCGACCCCAGCCGGACAAGCAGGAGAAGGAGAUCUAGUAGUAUCCUCCAGAUCUACCAAGAACCGCAGGAGCCACUCGAGCAGCUGAAUGACCGUUCAGCGCUGCCCAAUCUCAAUGCGCAGUGGGUUAAUGCCAAGGGAGCGUGGACCAUCCACUUUGUGCUUAUCGCACUCCUGAAAAUUAUCUGGGAUGUGAUCCCCGGCGUGUCCCAGGAGACAUCAUGGACCAUGACCAACAUCUCGUACAUGUUCGGCUCGUAUUUGAUGUUCCACUACGUCCGGGGUGUUCCGUUUGACUUCAAUAGCGGUGCCUACGACAACCUCAAUAUGUGGGAGCAGAUUGAUGACGGCGCCCAAUACACGCCGGCUAAAAAGUUUCUUCUCAGCGUGCCCAUUGUUCUCUUUUUGCUCAGCACGCAUUACACUCACUACGACCUGACAUAUUUUACCAUCAACUUUCUUGCUGUGCUUGCAGUCGUCAUCCCCAAGCUACCCUUCAGCCACCGGAUGCGAUUCGGCCUAUUUUCCGGAGUUCCGGAGGAGUAGCGAGAAU